CUUCAUCCACUCUACGAUAAUUCCAAAUUCCCAAAUCGAAACCCUAAUUCGAAUUGAGUGUUAGGAUGGCACCAACAAAGGCAGAGAAGAAGCCAGCGGAGAAGAAGCCCUCGGAGGAGAAGAAGUCGACGGUGGCAGAGAAGGCUCCAGCGGCGGAGAAGAAGCCAAAGGCAGGGAAGAAGCUGCCGAAGGAGGGAGGAGCUGGCGGAGACAAGAAGAAGAAGAGAAGCAAGAAGAGUGUGGAGACAUACAAAAUCUACAUCUUCAAGGUUCUGAAGCAGGUUCACCCAGACAUUGGUAUCUCAAGCAAGGCCAUGGGAAUCAUGAACAGCUUCAUCAACGACAUCUUCGAGAAGCUUGCUCAGGAAUCUUCUAGACUUGCCCGCUACAACAAGAAGCCAACCAUCACUUCAAGGGAGAUCCAGACUGCGGUCAGGCUUGUGCUGCCCGGAGAAUUGGCCAAACACGCCGUCUCCGAGGGUACCAAGGCCGUCACCAAGUUCACUAGUUCUUGAACUAAUUAUCUUAUCGCUUUUUUGGGCUCUUGUUCCAUGUGUUACAUUAUAUGUAUAUUUUAGAUCUGAUCAACUAUGUUUGGAUUUCCGUUGGUAGGUUUUUAGGUUUUAAUUUGUAUUUGAAGAAUUGGGAUCGGGUUGAUCCUCUGUGUAAUCAAAUGGUAGAAUUGACGAUACAGGAGCGAAUAUUGUUUUGAUUGGAAAUUUGAGUGCUUGUUUCUGUGUAUUA